CUGGCAGUGAAGAGUUCUCGGUAACCACACUGCUGUGUCAGGUGUGCUCAGACAAAGCGAGCGGCUUUCACUAUGGAGUUUUCGCUUGUGAAGGAUGCAAGAUAUCUUACCCUUUCGCGUUUUUGGAGAAAGUUGUAGAAACGGGCAAAGAGCCGUUUUCGUUAGAGUACGCCAUGCGCUUAACUUGGCAAAGGCUUGUGGAACGCCUUGAGUUGC